UUCCAGGCGGGGACGGCGCGCGCUCGUCUUCUUUCUUUGCAACUGCCGUUGGUCAGUCGUGGUCCCCCGCGGUGUCCCGGGACUGGGACGCGGGCCCAGGAGCUCUCAGAGUCGGAGAGCCUUUGUCAGCCCCUCCCGGUGAUGGAGGCAGGCUGUUAGCCUCUCCAGCAGCUGCAGAACAACCAGGGUGGCCCAUGGAUGUGCCAGAGAGUCGCGCGGGUGGCCCCACUGCAAAAAUGUACCUCUGGGACCAGCUGGAGGAGGGGAGCCUCGGGACGCUGCUGAGCUUGGAGGAGCAAAUACUCAACUCUACAUUCGAAGCUUGUGACACCCAGAGGACAGGCCUUGUGGCUGUGACCCACGUACUAGCGUACCUGGAGGCUGUGACAGGACAGGACCCCCAGGAUGCACGCCUCCAAACACUGGCCUGCAACCUGGACCCCAAUGGGGAGGGCCCUCAGGCCACUGUGGACUUGGACACCUUUCUGGCCGUCAUGAGGGACUGGAUCGCUGCCUGUCAGUUGGAUGGGGGAUUAGAGCUGGAAGAGGAGACAGCCUUCAAGGGGGCCCUGACCUCCCAGCAACCGCCAUCUGGAUGCCCAGAAGCGGAGGAGCCAGCCAACCUAGAGAGCUUUGGAGGCGAAGACCCCAGAGCUGAGCUGCCCACCACUGCUGACCUGCUGAGCAGCCUGGAGGACCUGGAGCUCAGCAACCGCAGGCUGGCCAGGGAGAACUCCAAGCUCCAGCGCAGCCUGGAGACCGCCGAGGAGGGGUCCACACGCCUCGGGGAGGAGAUCAUGACCCUGCGCAAACAGCUUCGCAGCACCCAGCAGGCCCUGCAGUGUGCCAAGGCCGUGGACGAGGAGCUGGAGGACCUGAAGACGCUGGCCAAGGGCCUGGAGGAGCAGAAUCGCAGCCUCCUGGCCCAGGCCCGGCAGAUGGAAAAGGAACAGCAGCAUCUGGUGGCCGAGAUGGAGACUCUGCAGGAGGACAACGGGAAGCUGCUGGCGGAGCGGGAUGGAGUCAAAAGGAGGAGUGAGGAGCUGACCACGGAGAAGGAGGUUUUGAAGCGGCAGCUCUAUGAGUGUGAACGCCUCAUUUGCCAACGAGAUGCCGUCCUCUCAGAGCGCACUCGCCAUGCGGAGAGUCUGGCCAAGACGUUGGAGGAGUACAGAACGACCACCCAGGAACUGAGGCUGGAAAUCUCACAUCUGGAGGAGCAGCUGAGUCAGACCCAUGAGGGGCCGGAUGAGCUACUGGAAGGGGCCCAGGCGAGAAGAGUGGGCUGGACCAGGCUGCUGCCCCCGUCACUGGGCGUGGAGAUUGAGGCCAUUCGGCAGAAACAGCUUCUCCUCUCCCAGAAACAAGAAGUGGCAGCCGCUGCUCUCUCCAGCCCUCUGUGUGGAGUGUGGCAGUGGGAGGAGGUCAUCAUUGAGACAGAUGAGGAAGUGGAGUUUCUGCCUGAAGCCCCAGCUGGGACACCGAGACACUUGCAGGGAGAGAUAGUGCACCUUCAGGGAGGAAGGAAGGAGCGAUCGAUGUGGUUGCCCAGAAGAGAGGAAGAGGAGGAAGCAGUGCCCCAGAUCAUGGCCAAUCUCCCCAGCCCUCUGGCAGACCCACAUCGUGGAGAUGUUCUGGGAAGCCCUCCUGAGAGCAGCCCCACCGAGCCUGAGCCGCAGCAAGCAUUGGUGCCUGUGCCCAGAGAGCUGGUCCCAAUCAGGAGACCCAGAUGGGGCCAGCUCUGCCUGCCCUCCCUGCAGCCUGAGCCACUCAGGUGCGCCCCAAGGCAUCUCCAGAAUGAGGGUGGCCGGCACACGCUGGGGUACUGCCCCCUGUUGAGACAGCCCCAGCAGCCCCCCGCCCUGGGGCCUUCCCUGAGCGCUGGGCUGCCUCCCACCAGGAUCACUCGGCCCCCACUGAUCCCGGCCCCCGUCCUGGGCCUGCUGCUGCUGCUGCUGCUGUCUGUCCUGCUGCUAGGCCAGUCCCCGCCACCCACCUGGCCCCACCUCCAGCUCUGCUACCUCCAGCCCCCCCCAGUGUGAGCCACUCAGAGCAAGGUCUAGUCAGAGAAUUCCCGGGGAAUCCUACUGUUAUUACCAUUGUUGUGCUGUUAGCUGGGAGGGCUCCGGUUCGGGGACGCUAGAUACAGUGCUCCAGGAUCCGCAGCCCUGUGUUGAGUUUUUAUGUGAAGUUUUUUGGUUUUGUAACACUGGUGACUACAUUUCUGAGCAAUAGCAAAACACACCCAACAAUGGGUUAAAUACUAGGGGUUUAUCCUCCUCCUAAAACAAGUCUGGAGGAGGGCAGCUAUGAGCCCACAGCUCAGAGUCUCCACAGCCUGGGGGAUGAGGGAACGAUCAUUCUCUGUGAUCCUCUCAGCCCUUCCGUCUUGCUCAGGAGCCGGCAGGUGUGGCUUCAUACAUCACAUCUGUUGGAAGAAGGGGACUUGUCCCUUCCUUUCUUUAUAAAGAAAAGACGUGGCCUUCCCAGAGCCAGCAGCAGACCUGUGUUCAUGUCUCAUUGGCCAGAAGUGUUUAUGAUCCCUCCUAGCUGCAAGAGAGGCUGGGAGACUGAGCUCCUCUCUGCUCUCCUGGCAGAAAGAGGGAAAGAGACACAUGGGCCGGGCAUACAUCACAGAUGUCCCCUGCAGGGCAAACAGCCAGCAGGAAGUGGACCAGUGUGCCACUAGCUUACUCAUCACUUACUGUUCAUUCAUGUGCCGUGAUUAGACCUUAGAAGAUAAAGCUGUGGGGGUGUCUGGGUGGCUCAGUCCAUUAAGCGUCUGACUUGGGCUCAGGUCAUGAUCUCGGGGUCGUGGG